UAAAACAUAGUCGAUUCGUCUGUGCUCUACACUGCGCCCUGAAAUGUAAACGGAACAGGAGGGUAUUUUGAAGAAACGUCUCGUCUCCGAGUUAGCAGAUGAUCCGUAUAAAUAUAUUCAAUAUGAUUACUAACUUAUCGUAUUAAACAUAGUGGUUGUUAAUAUAGAUUCCCACAUGGAAGAAAGGAUUAAAUUUGCUGUUAUUGCAUCUGCAACGCCGUUGAUGUUUUACCAUACUAUCAAUAUAAUGUAGGCUAGAUUAUUUUAGCUUAUGUCACAUCUGCAUAGUUAUCAUUUUUAUUACACUAGACAAUUCACUGCACCGAUAUACUUCAUUUAGCUAAUCCUUGAGGGAUAUAAAACCAGAGAGGCCAUGGCAAGUGUGCAUGAAAGUUUAUAUUUCAACCCCAUGAUGACAAAUGGGGUUGUUCAUGCCAAUAUCUUCGGUAUAAAGGACUGGGUUACUCCAUACAAGAUUGCAGUGUUAGCUUUACUGUACGAGAUGUCCACAACCAAACCAAUGGCACUUCUAGACAGAAGACGACUGAACAAACUUAUUCUACCUUUACAACAGGGUCCAGAUUUGACUCUGGAGCAGUUUCUGAAGAUAGUAGAGGAGUGCUGUCUUCGCAUGGUCAGUGCUGUGAAACUUAGGUUGUUUUUGAUGGCUGAUGGAGAAUUGCAGGAUAUGGAGCACUUUUUUACUAUCCUGCCCAGUGCUUUCAGUGACUCAGAAGCAUUCAAAACUAGUGUUGUUGGUCUGUUCGUGCGUCAGAUGCUGCUGGCCUACAACAAAUUGUCCUUUAGUCAGGUGUAUAAGUUGUACAAGUCCCUCCAGCAGUAUUGCCGUCGUGGCAAUCAGCCUGAACUCUCCGCUCUGCCUGCUGAAGACAUGGAGCUGACGAGCAAUGAGGAUCCCAGCGCUGACCACAUAGACAAAGUCGAGCUGGACACACCAUCUCUACACCAGUCCGAACUGAGAUCUGACGAGAGCCGGGGUCCUUUAUCUCAGAAACAAGCAGAAUACUUCCUUGCACGACAGGCAUACCUCCUUAAGAACGAUGAAAACAAGGCCAUGUCGCCAGCUAAGCUACAGGACGAACUCAACAACAUUCUCAAAUUCAAUCCUGACUUUGCUGAAGCUCAUUACCUCAGCUAUCUGAACAGCAUGCGAGUGCAGGAUAUCUACAUCUCCACUCACAGCCUCCUGCACUACUUUGACCGGCUCAUUCUUUCCGGUGGAGAGGGGAAGAGCAACGGAGAUGAAGGCUAUGGCCGCAGUUUGCGCUACGCUGUCCUGAAUCUGGCAACCUUGCAUUGUCGCUUCGGACACUAUCAACAGGCUGAUUUGGCUCUGCAGGAAGCGAUCCGCAUUGCACAGGAAGCAAAUGACCACGUGUGUCUACAACACUGUCUGAGUUGGCUCUACACACUGGAACAGAUGAAAGGAUCUGAUAGUGUGGUAUUAACUGAAGAUUCUGUGAAAAUUGCAGCUCACUUUUGUCUCCCUUAUUUGGCAUCUCUAGGCAUUCAGUCUCUGGUCCAGCAGGGAGCAAAACAGGGCAUGCCGGCCAACAAGCUGCUGGAUGCACUGCGAGGAACCGACAUCAUGCACUGGAAGCAAAGCCUCUCUGAGCUGAUAGAAAUCAGCCUGGCACAGACCACCUCUAUAUGGAGGAUGUAUGGCAAAAGCACUAUGGCACGGCAGCAGGCUCAGCUCCUGUUGAACAUGAACAGUCUGGAGCCGGUGAACUUUAGCGUGCAGCAGAACAACACUGAGGCCUUCGCCGUCGCGCUCUGCCAUCUGGCUGAACUCCAUGCUGAGCAGGGUCUUUAUGCUGUUGUGAGUGACAUCAUGAAACACUUAAAGCAGCAGUUUCCUCCUCAUACCCAACAUGCCAAACUGUGGAUGCUGUGUGAUCUGAAAAUUCAGUUUGAGAAGGCUAUGAAUGAUGGGAAAUACCACCUUGCUGAACCCCAUGUCACAGCUAUCUCUGCCUUAAACAGCACUGAGGGAUUGUACAGGAAAGCCCAGUUGUUGAAAGCUCUGAAUCAGACGACUGAAGCCUCUAAGAUUCUCCAGCAGCUGCAGCAGCAGUGUGAGAAGAGUAAAAACACAGAGAUGAUUAUCAGGGUGAUGUUGGCCUCUGCAGAACUUCACUGGGACUCGUCUGGUUUUGCGACAGCUCUGCCGUUACUAUUACAGGCUCUUGCUCUGUCACGCCAACACAACCUCCAGAGCUUGACCUCAGAGACGCUGUUACACCUGGCAUUUACACAGCUGAUGUUGGGGAUCCCUGAGCAGGCUCUUGUACUGGUGCAGGAUGUGUUGGAGUCGGUUUUGGCCCACGGGUCUCUGAUAGACAAGGGCAGAGCUCUGCUGCUGGCCGCUCGCUGUCAGAUGGCUUUAGCAGGAGCUGCUGCACAGGAACACAGACUGACUGCUGUCGAAUUAGCCGUGCACACUUUGGAUGAGGCAGCUGUGUAUUUCUCUCAGCUUGACUGUAAAGAGCGCAUGAGAGACAUACACUACCUACAGGCACGCUUGCAUCACACUCUCGGCAACAUCUCUCAGCGCAACAAAUGUGCCAUGCUCUUCCGUCUGCUGGAUCAGGAGCUGCCAUCGUCUGGGAUGACUGUGGUCAAUCGUCUUUAGUAAACCUCAGCUGCUGGUGUUCAUGAAAGAUGUGUUUCCUGUACCCUCUACAUA